UCUGCCUGUGUAAUAACAUCCACAUAAAUUCUAAACCAGCUUACACAUUUCACAACAGAAACAAGAAAGAGAAUGGCCACCGCUGAUGGUGACUCAGAAAUGAAUGAAGUGAAACAGACAGAUGCCACCACAACAGAAAAUAAAGAACAAAGAUCCGAAACAGAAAGUGGGGACAAAGUUAAUGGAAAAGAGAAAGAGGAUAAUGAACCAGCAGCUAAAGAGACAAUAGGAACAUAUGCAGUGAUACCAGAAGAUGAUCCUCUUCCACCUUUAGGCCCACCAAAUGCCCUUGAAAAAAAAAUUAUCAAACAGCUUGAGUAUUAUUUUGGAGACAUGAAUCUACCACGGGAUCGAUUUCUUCAGGAACAGAUCAGAGAGGAUGCUGAUGGAUGGGUGUCACUGGCUGUAAUGACCAAAUUCAAUAGACUGAAACAGCUCACCUCCAACCUUAAAAUGAUAGCAACAGCUAUAAGGAAAUCAGAUUCUGGACUUCUCGAGGUCAGUAAGGAUGGCGUUUAUAUGAGGAGAUCACCCGAUAUGCCACUACCAGAGAACACAGAGGACAGACGAUCUGAAAUACAGAAGAAAACAGUAUAUGCUAAAGGAUUCCCAGCUAAUAUUUCACUGGAUAAAUUAAUUGCCUUUUUUGAAGAGGGACAUGGUCUCAUGGAUACUGUUCACAUGAGGCGAGAUGCAAAUAAGAAAUUCAAGGGAUCAGUGUUUGCUGUAUUCAAAUCCCAGGAUGAUGCUGACAAAUUUGUGGUAGCUUCAGAGAUUAAAUAUCAAGACACUCCUCUGAAACGCAUGUCAAAGCAGCUGUAUUACACUCAGAAGCAGUUAGAAAAGAAGAAAUUAAAAGAUGAACAGAACCAAAAAAAAGAAGAGGAGGCAUUAAAACGUGAAGCAGAAGAUCGAGAGAAACUGAAAGACACCAUCACAAAAGGAACAGUUCUGCAUAUAAGUGGAAUCCAAGGAGAAGAAACAGAACGAGAACAUCUCAAGAAUUAUUUCUCAGAUUUUGGGACGAUUGCUUGGGUAGACUUCGACAAAGGUGAUAAAGAGGCAUGGGUAAGAUUUGAAGGUGCGAACAAAGCUGUUGAGGGUCUUCAGGCAGCGAAGGAUGCUAAUGAGGGCAAGAUCGUUAUCAAUGAAGAUGAGGUUACCUGUGAUGUACUUGAAGGUGAAGCAGAAUUAGAUCAUUGGAGAAAAAUAUUCGAUGAACUGGCAGAAAGACGGGCACAGAAUCGACAAUCAAGGAAAAGGGGACCAGGCAAUUGGAGGGGACCAAAGGAGAAGAGAAAGAAGGAAAGCAGAGAUGAUGAUGAUGAAUGAAAGAAUGGAGUUUGUAUUUAGCAAACAAUAUGAACUGGUUCGAAGUCGUCCAAUAAAAGUACAGGGCUUUCUUCAUUGGAAUGGUGAAAAUGUGAUGGAAAUAGACAAUUCAUCGUAUUCCUGUCCCAGACAUCUGCUGUUUUGGAAGGAUGUUCACAAAAAUCACCCAGGUCCAUUGAAAACUACUUGAGAAUGUUAAGAUUCAUCAAAAACUACAGAAGUUGAAGUCUGUUGAAAAGAACAUUUAUCGGAAGAUCAUAGUUGGACUGAAGGAAUUAGUUGUUGAAAUAUUUUUUUUUCUCUACCCCUAGUUGUUAUCUCAAAAUUGGUAAUUCUUCAAAAGAUUUUAUAAAAUGUUUUAUAAAAUAUUUUUAUUGAAUUGAAUCCUAGAUUUCUGUUUAAUGUUUAUAGGAGAAUGUCAGUGACACAACAUUUUUAUGUCCUAAACAACAUCGGCGGUGUAUUUCUAUAUGAUUGCCUACUUCAAUGGAUUUCUACAGAUUUCAAAAUCUUAAUCUACUGAAAAGUACAUAGAUAGAUCUCCUAUUGUUAUAGGAGUUAUAGAAAACAAGGUUUGGCUAAGUUAUGAACAUUCGUUUGAGUUUCAGAAUAUAUUUUGGUGUGAAUUUGGGAAACAUGUGCAAUUUAUUUUGAAAGGAAAUCAAGGUUAUUUGAAUACUUUAAUAGAUGUUGUGUUGCUUACUUUUUCAUUCUAUUUGAAAAUUACAGUACAAUUAGAAAUACUUUUAAAUGGAAUACAGUUCAAAGUAUGGAAUUGCCAUUAUGUUGUAAAGUCUUUGUUUUUAACUUAACUCUCUUAACAUCGCCAAACGUUAGUAGGAAAAUGUAAAAUGGAAUAGUAUGAUGUCUUAGAUCUACACAAUGUUAUUACUUAACUGUUCAACAUUCAUCAUUCACAUUGUAAAUUGUUUUAUAGUCAUUGAUCAUGAAAUAAAAAAAACUACACAAUU